UAUGGGAUUGAGACUCACAGAAGAGGAAUUUGCUGAAUUGUCAGGACAACUACAAGUUGAUGCGAAUGGGAAUGUUGAUCUGCCUAACUUGAUGGAAGCAGUGAAAGCUAUUACAGGGAAGGUUGACAUCAAGAACCUGGAAACUGUUCUAGGCAACAUGGGAAUCAAGCUCACUGACAAAGAACUUGAAGAUCUGAAACAAAACCUGCCUGUCAGUGUUGGUAAUAAAGUUGCUCUGAAAACUUUGAAGGAUGAAGUGAAAGCUUUUACAGGAGAAAAGAUUGAUUCCAGUGACCUACAAAAUAUUCUGAAAGACAUGGGGAUUGAGCUUACAGAUAUGGAGCACAAGCAUCUGCUGAAAACACUGCCCAUUGAUGCUCAUGAAAAGGUGUUUCAAAACAGGUUGCUGAAGGAUGUGAGAUAUAAUAAAAGAGGGAAGGUUGAUGUAAAUAACCUGGAUCCUGUUUUAGAAGCCAUGGAGGUCAAGCUUACAGAACAGGAACUCAGUCUGAUAAAGGAUCUUCUGAGUGGCUAUAAGAAAGUUGAUCUGAAAAACCUGAUGGAUAAGGUAGAAGCUGUUACAGGAGAGGAAGUUGAUAUCAACGACAUAGGAACAGUUCUAAGAAACAUGGGAAUAGAACUCACAGAUAAAGAACUCUCACAACUGGUGAAAAAUCUGCCAGUUGAUAAUGGAAAGGUCUACCAGAGAAGGUUGCUGGAUGGUAUAAAGUUUCUUAAAGGAGGGAAGAUUGACUCCAAUAAAGUGGAUGCAGUUUUGGGAAACAUGGGCAUGGACCUCACUGAAAAGGAGCUUAAAGACAUAACACAAAACCUGCCAGUUGAUGGAGGCAACGUUGAUGCUAAUAAACUUGAAAGUAUUUUGGAAAACUUGGGGAUUGAGCUCACACCUAAUGAACGUUUGAAUUUAGUGAAGACACUGCCACUUAAUGCUGAUGGAAAAGUGUAUCAAAAAAGGUUGAUGAAGGGCAUAAAGUCUCUCAAACAAGGCAGUGUUGAUGUCAACAAGCUGGACACUCUUUUAGAAAACAUGGGAAUCAGCAUCAAAGAAAAAGAAUUCAUGGAUCUGAUAGAAAGACUGCCAGAUGCUGAUAAAGGGAAGAUCAAACUAAAUACAUUGAUAGAAGAAUUGAGUACUGCUUUAGGAGAGCAGAUAGACAUCAGUGAUGUAUAUGAUGUUCUGAAAGACAUGAAAGUUGAGGUCACAGACAAGGAAUACUUUAAUUUAGUAAAAACUCUACCAGUUGAUGCUGAAGGAAAAGUGUAUCAAAAAAGGUUGCUGGAUGGUGUGAAGACUCUUAAAAGAGGAAAGGUUGAUAUCAAUAACCUGGACACAUUUCUGGAAAAUAUGGGGAUUAAGCUCUCACAUAAAGAACUUGAAGAUUUUUCACAAACCCUACCAGUUGAUGUUGAUGGGAAGGUUGAUCUGGAAAAUGUGACACUGAAAAUGAAAGAUUUUACAGGAGAAAAGAUUGAUGCCACUAAUCUGAAAAACAUUCUUGGAGACAUGGGGAUAGAAGUCAAUGAUAAGGAAUGUCUUGAUCUACAAAAAUCGCUACCAGUUGAUGAUGAUCAGAAAGUUUUUCGGAAUAGAUUGCUAUCAACUUUGAAGUCUUUCAAAGGAGGAAAGAUUGAUGUCAACAACCUGAACACAGUUCUGGGGAACAUGGGGAUCAAGCUCAAAAAUAAGGAACUUAAAAGUGUGAUACAAAAUCAACCUAUGGAUGCUGAUGGAAAUGUUUCUCUGAAAAAAGUGAUGAGUGAUGUGACAGCAGUUACAGGAGAAAAAGUUAAUGUCAAAGAUCUGAAAAAUAUUUUGGAAGACAUUGGGAUAGAGUUCACACCUAAAGAAUACCUGGAACUGGUAAAAAAUCUUCAAGUUGAUGAUUCAUUGGAGGGUAAAAAUCAAAGUUAUCUCUAA